AUUUGACGAAAAUCACACAUUAUUUUACAGAAAUCACGUGACUGUCAUGUGACCUGUUCAUACUAAAUUUUGACUUGCAGGCCUAUCAAAAUGUCACAAACAUCUGAGAAAGAACGAUGCAUAAAUAAUUACAACUAUCUGUUCAGAAAGGACCUGCUACAGAAUAAGGUAGCAUUCAUUACUGGAGGCGGUACAGGAAUUGGCUUUACUAUUGCAGAAGUGUUGAUGCGACAUGGCUGUGAUGUGGUUAUUGCCAGUCGGAGGCUGGAGAAGGUCAAAGAAUCAGCAGCCACUCUCUCUGCAGAGACGGGCAGGAGGUGCCUGCCGCUACAGAUGGAUGUUAGGGAUCCUAAGAAAAUCCAGGCAGCAGUUUCCGAGGCAAUGAAACAGUUUGAAAAAAUCAACAUUCUUGUAAAUAAUGCUGCUGGUAAUUUUCUGAGCCCAGCUGAGGGUCUGUCAUUCAAUGCUUUCCGAACUGUGAUGGAUAUCGAUGCCUUGGGAACUUACAACGUCACAAAGGUCAUUUUCGAUGAAUAUAUGAAGAAACACGGAGGAGUCAUUGUGAACAUUACAGCCACACUGCAGGUCAGAGGUCAGGUGUUCCAGCUACAUGCAGGGGCUGCAAAGGCUGCCAUAGAGGCAAUGACCAGGCAUCUGGCUGUAGAAUGGGGUGAGAAAGGGAUCCGGAUCAUGUGUGUGGCUCCUGGGCCUAUAGAGCAGACAGAGGGAUUUAGCAGGCUAGGAGGAAAGGCAAUGACACGCGAGUAUGUGGAGAACAUCCCCAUCCAGAGGGUUGGUACGAGGGAAGAUAUCGCAAAUACGGUUCUCUAUGUGGUGAGCGAUGCAGCUAAGUUACUGACUGGUACCACGAUUAUUGCUGAUGGCGGUUCUUGGCUCACCAGUGAGAACAAUCUACAGAGAAUUAAAAAGAUUAUGACAAACCAGUCAAAAUUGUAAUUAAAGGGACGGAAGUUUAGAAAACAUUUUUUAUUUGUCUGAAGUCAUGGAAUGUUUGUUCUGAAAUGGCUUACGAGUGUACUUUGGGAAACAAUCAUAUACAUGUAGGAUGGAUUACAGUAUAUAUUGAAUAUGCAAUUGUAAGGUGGGUUAUACACACAAAGAUUACUUUCUGUAUACAUAUUGACUAUAAGUACCAGUAUGUAUUGAGCUGAAUUUACUUUGCUAUUAUGAUGUUUUGGUUUUUACUGUUUUGCCUUAGCCAGACCAUUUGUGUUGAUGUGUAAAUAUGAAGUUACAAGUACAAAGUAAAAACUCAAAUAUUCAGCCUGCUGCAAUUUUACCCUGUUAUUGAUACAUUUUAUAUGUAUAUCUGAUUCGUAUUAUUAAAUGGCACAAGCUUU